GGCUAUUAAUUUCAUUGGUCUGCUACGAAGGGUGUGUAAAUUGUAUGGAAUUUGUCUACGGGUGUACCGGAACACAGCUGAUUUUGGGCAUUUAGCCCAAUUGCUUGGGUAUUGUUGGAUAACAGUAUCUUUUUAUUAAUCCUAGUGGUAUUAUCAAAGAAGAGAUUCCCAUCAUGUUAGGACCAGAAGUGGAACAGCUGCAUCUUGAGGAUGCUUUGGAAGAUAGCCCUCAGACUCGUCAUCUUUUAACAGUAUUUGAGAAGGACUCAAUACUGUUAAAAAAGUUUACGAAUAAUAUGCACAAUUGUUGUCAGCGGAUAAUGACUGCCCAGAAUGAAUUAUGUGCAGCUACACAGUCUUUGGCUCAGCAUCUGCGUUCCUACGAAGUGCAGGAAACAAGUCCUGCUUUCUACCAAGUGGGACCGUAUGUAUUUCUUCACUCAGGGUGGGAACCUCAUGAGCCAGACGAAGGAGGAGUUUGCUGGCAGUUUGGUGAUGGACCUGAACGAGGAGGGAGUGGUUGUGGAGUCUUGCGUGGCUGACGACAGGAGGCACACCUUCCAGCUGAUUUCUCCUCACAAUAAAAAGACUGUUAUUCUGCAAGCUGAAAACUAUAGAGAAAGAGAUGAGUGGAUUGCGACGUUAAACAACGUUGUUCGGGAUGGAGGAUAUGUCCGUGGCAAACCAGCAUCUGUCAAGAAAAAGGACCCGCCCCAGCAGAUGAGCCACAGCCAGUCGUCGGACAGCGCUGCCUCAGGGGGGCCUCUGCCUAGCCCCAUAGCCUCCAGCCAAGCCAGUCUGUCCAGCCUGUCGUCCUCAGGGGCUACCGACACCUUAGUGCUGGACACCCCUAUCCAGUUUGAUUUGGUUUCUCCCAGUGAAGAAAGCAGGGCAGUCACAUCUCCUCAGUCAGGCCCACCAAAGAGACUCAAUCCAUUUGACCAGUCGUCAGCCAUCGUCCUCAACCCAGCUUUUGACAAUGCGGCCUUUUCUGAGACGUUUACGACAAGAUUCUUGGGCUCCAUGGAAGUUAAGGGGGACAGAGGAGAGCAGCUCGUCCACUCCACCAUCCGUCAAAUCAUGGCUGCCCGAGCCAUCCAUAACAUCUUCAAGAUGACCGAGUCACUCAUGAUUGUGUCCAGCGAGGGAAUGAGGCUGAUUGACCCCUCCAACAAUGUGGUCAAGGUGGAGUUUGCCCUGAUGGACAUCUCCUUCUGGUCAGCCCACCCAGACAACAACAGGUUGUUUGGUUUUAUCACUCGUAGCCGUCCGGCAGCAUCCAGUCCCGCUGUGCCUGACGACAAGGACAAGGGUUCUAAUUCAGUACCCACCUUUGCCUGCCAUGUUUUUGAGAGCAACUCGACAGCUGAAGAUAUCUGCCAAGCCAUCAGCACAGCCACGAAGAUUGCCUUCCAAGCGUUAAUGGAGAAGCGAAAGGGGGGCACGACAGGAGCAACAACUCCUAAGCCAAAGCCACAGACUGAUGAAAAGUCCAUCCUGCUCCAGAACAUCCAGAGUCUCUCGGACGAGGCCGACAAUUCGAUCACCCUGAGGGAGGACAACACAGACAACAUGCAUCAGGACACCGACGACCGGCCCGCCUCAGGCCUCCCUCUCAGCCCCGACGGACGCUUCCUGAUCCUGAGCUCUGUGGACGAGCCCAACUCCCCGGCCUCGCCCAUGUCCACCAAGUCGUCCGAGCCCACCAGUCCCAUCCAGUUGGGAGAUGGGGCAGGAGAGGAUGAGGAAGAGAGUGAGUCUGAGGCGUAACUCUUUCUACUCACAGAACAUUUUAUCUGUUGUUUGCCGUUAUGAUGUCCAACAAUUUUUUAAUUUUUUUUCUAUAUCAGCGGUUAAUAAAUGUUAGCGGUCAGGAUGUCUUUGUUAAUUUUGCUGAACAAACAGAACUCAUUGCAGGUCACAUUUUGUUCAUUUCUGUGAAUACUGAAUACAUUUUACAUGUGAUUUCGGUUUACUGGAAUGAAUUUCUGAAUGUUCUGGGCUUCGAUAUUUUAUUUAAUACUUUGAAUAAAUUACUGCCUGUCCCAGAAUUUUACUAAACAGAUGAGGGAAAGAUCAUAAAGUUUAGUCAACUUUUCAGAGGGAAGCAUAAGAAACUUUGAUGCCAUUGUAAUCUUUCCUGACUGAAAACAUUAAUCUAUGGGCAUUUUUUUAUGUGAUAUUUUUCUCUUUUUGAAGGCAAUUCCAUUGUAUUUAAAGAAUCCAAGCUGUAUAUAAUGAGAUAGUCAGAAAAUUUUGUAAAAAAGUGGUAAACGAACAGAUCUAAGAGAGCCACUGACGGCCAAGGGUGAAAUUGUGGUGAUGGAUUUGUGAGAUUUCAUUGUUACGAGCCCCCCCACCCACUUUUAUGAAAGUAGAGAAUAAAAGUCUCACAGAUUUUUCUUCAGAAUGUGAAUUUACAUGAAUAUAUACACACUGCCCACUACUUUUUCUUGUCAACAUGCUGUCAGCAUGCACAGUUCGUUCUUAAUUAUUAUAAUAUUAUGUCUGUGUUCAUGGGAUGUGAUGAGACGGUAACCUCACUGAGAUGGCCUAGAAUAUGUUCUCUGCAAUUGUUGGUUUCUUUAAUUUCAAUAUUUAUCUCAUAUUGACUAGCAGGCUGAUGUUUGAGAAAUUGUGCGAACCUUUAGUGGUUGAAUUUCUGAACACAUUUUUUUGUUAUUCAACUGUUUCUGAACGAUUCUUCUUUACUACGCAAAUCCUUCGGACUCCUCAACUUGUUGUCCCCUUCUCCCUUUUUUUAAUUGAUUGACCUUAUCAGGGGAGUAGUAUUGCCUUUAAAACUGAGUGAUUGUAAUUAUUUAUUACAUUAUAUAAAACAUGUUUAAUUUUUUUUCAUAAAAUGUGUCAGUGUGCACACACACACACAUUGCAUUGUUCACAUAGUUUAUAUUAUUGUAACAUUCUGACAGCAGAUGAGUCAUUUCAUGGUAAAUAUGUGGUGUCAGAUCUUUGUUUGGCCCAAAUGGAACAUUUUGAAUAAGACGGAUAUUUAUUUUUUUUGAGCUGUGAGGUGAAGAAUAUGGUAUGUUGAGUUGUCAUUACAAGUGUGGAUAGUUAUUGGCUGGAAUUGUGUUUCAUAUUCUUUAUUGUAGCAGCGAUGGUGAUUGACAAAAGAGAUAUAUUUUAAAGUCCAGGCCAUGGCAAUGUGUGAAGACUUACUGAUAUGGUGUCCCCACUUUGUUUCUGGUAUUGGUACAGCAAUGCUAGAUCACCCUGAAAUAUUGAAAAAUCCAGCUCUUACUUUUAUAACCUAUUUUAAAUGGGAAAAAA